CAUGAAAGGGGUAAUCCUGUGAUUUCAGAGAGCCAAACUUCCCCUCUUUUUGCUCAACGCCAUUGGGAAGCUCCAUGCUUUGAUCUUGGACCCACUUGAAAUCAAUGGUUUGUGACGAGAGUAGACUGUGCAAUGCAUUGUCUCUCGCGCAUCGAAUAGGGAGAAUUAUUGACAGACACAGCUCAUAUGCCAUCUUUUGCCUGCUCUUUCACUGUUAUCUUCUACCUUGUGCACAUACUUACAAAACAAAAUAUAACAAAAUAGAGGUGCUGUGCUGUGCUCAGAAGUAAAACUUGAAAGAAAAAAAGAGAAAAUUAAGUCUCUGAGACCCCAUUUCUAUUUCUUUACUCUUCUUGAGAUCUCUGUAAGUUAAUGUAAUUGAGUUCUUGAGAGCAUUUAUAAAUAGAAGGAAAAUAAAAGAAAAGUCUUCAAGAGAAUGGGAGAAAACAGGGUUCUCUGUUCCCUCGUUGUUCUAGUUUUGUUCCUUGUUCUUCCUGGCGUCAAUGGUGACAAUCCUUACAGAUUCAUCACGUGGAAAAUUACAUACGGUGACAUCUACCCUCUUGGUGUUAAGCAACAGGGAAUCUUGAUUAAUGGGCUGUUUCCAGGGCCUCACAUCGAUGCAAUUACUAAUGAUAACCUGAUUAUAAGUGUUUACAAUUAUCUAAGAGAACCAUUCCUCAUCUCUUGGAAUGGGCUGCAGCAAAGAAGGAAUUCAUGGCAGGAUGGAGUUUAUGGAACCACCUGUCCAAUCCUACCUGGAAAAAACUUCACAUAUGUCUUCCAAGCCAAGGACCAGAUUGGUAGCUAUUUCUACUUCCCAUCACUUGGUUUGCAUAAGGCUGCUGGUGCAUUUGGUAGCAUUAGAAUUUGGAGCCGUCCAAAGAUUCCUGUGCCUUUCCCUUCCCCUGCUAAUGAUUUCAUCAUACUUGCUGGAGACUGGUACAAGACAAACCAUUAUAUUUUAAGACGCUAUUUGGACGCUGGUAGAAAGCUUCCCAACCCUGAUGGACUUCUCAUUAAUGGUCGUGGAUGGAAUGGAAACACAUUCACAGUUGAUCCAGGGAGAACAUAUAGGUUCAGGAUAUCCAAUGUGGGGAUUGCAACUUCAAUUAACUUCAGGAUACAAGGACACAAGAUGAAAUUGGUAGAAGUAGAGGGUUCUCAUACACUACAGAACGCCUAUUCUGCACUUGACAUUCAUCUGGGACAAUCCUAUUCAGUCUUGGUCACUGCAGAUCAGCCUGCAAAGGACUACUACAUUGUUGUUUCGUCACGCUUCACCACUCCUGUGCUCACAACAACGUCCAUUCUUCACUACAGCAAUUCGCACAUUGGUGUCUCUGGCCCAAUCCCUGGAGGUCCUACUACUGAGAUUGAUUGGUCACUCAACCAGGCUAGAUCAAUUCGAUGGAAUUUGACUGCAAGUGGACCAAGGCCUAAUCCUCAAGGAUCUUAUCAUUAUGGAAUGAUCAAAAUCAGUCGCACGAUCAUGCUAGCUAACUCUGCUCCUCUUAUGAAUGGCAAGCAGCGGUAUGCUAUCAACAGUGUUUCAUAUAUUUCACCAGACACUCCAUUAAAACUAGCGGACUACUUCAAGAUUCCUGGAGUCUUCAACCUUGGAAGCAUGCCUACCAAUCCCACUUGGGGAAAUGCGUAUCUUCAGACUGCAGUCAUGGCUGCCAACUUCCGGGAGUUUAUUGAGAUUGUCUUCCAAAACUGGGAGGACACCGUGCAGUCUUAUCACAUUGACGGCUAUUCCUUCUUUGUUGUUGGGAUGGAUGGUGGGCAGUGGACACCAGCAAGUAGAGCUAGCUACAAUUUGAGGGACACAGUUGCUCGAUGCACCACUCAGGUUUAUCCGAGGUCAUGGACUGCAAUAUACAUGGCCCUGGACAAUGUGGGGAUGUGGAACAUAAGAUCUGAGAACUGGUCAAGGCAGUACUUGGGUCAGCAAUUCUAUCUCAGAGUUUACUCUUCUGCUAACUCAUGGAGAGAUGAACUUCCAAUUCCAAAGAAUGCUCUUCUUUGUGGCCGGGCAAGAGGCCGCCACACGAGGCCUUUCUGAACUAGCUCGCUCACCAAACAAUGUGUCAUGAUAGGGUGACAUGAUUAACUGUUAUCAAAGUAACACCAUGGUUGCCGGCAAAUUGUUUCUUCCUUACAAGAGAGCUCAACUUGAGCUUUGAGUCAAAUUUUCCUACGUGCUUGUUUCUGUAACUCACAGAUUGAUCCUUAAUUGUUGCAAUAAAGCUUGGUAAUGCAUUACCCCAUUUCUAA